AUGGACACAUCGAUCGAGAUUGAUCCGGUUUACUAUGACCAUGGACAUGACGACUAUGUAGAUAGUGACUUUGCUUCUGAAACGACCUCUCUAUCAUCGUCUGUCUACCGGGGGGUGUUUGAAAAUGGAAGACGCUAUCAGACCGUGAGGGAGGGUGCAUCUUGGUUUCCAUCCGACGAGCAACAAUUUGAGAGUUUAGAGGCAGGUCACCUCUUGUGUAUACUUCUAGACGCCGAUACCGACAACCCACUCUACCAGGCACCCCUGAAAGACCCUAAGCAAAUCCUGGAUAUCGGCACAGGCCGAGGCAACUGGGCCAUCGAUGUAGCCGACAUGUUCCCAGAUGCAACCGUCAGAGGCGUAGACCUCUUCCCCCCACCAGGAGACUGGCUCCCCCCAAACUGCAUCAUGGAAGUCGACGACGUCCUACAGGAAUGGACCUGGCGCCAGCCCUUCGACCUAAUCCACAUGCGCCAGCUGAUAGGCGCCUUCACCCCUGUUGAAUGGGAUGGUCUAUUUGCUCAGUGUUACAAAAACCUAAUCCCAGGCGGCUGGAUCGAACAAAUAGAAGGCGACCCCCGAAUCCACUGCUCAGAUUCCAGCAUGUCCCCAGACUCCAGUAUGGUCCACUUCACUCAAGCGGUAUUCCGCGCAGGACAGGAAUGGAAUCAUCCCCUCGAUACGCUGGACACGAUGCGCACUGCAAUGGAAAAGGCCGGGUUUGUUGAUAUCCACGAGAAGACGUAUAGGUGGCCGGUUGGACCGUGGGCGCGUGAUCCUACACUUAAAGAAGUGGGGAGAUUGCAUUAUCACCAGUGGACGGCUGGUAUGGAGGGUUGGGGCAUGUAUCUUCUUACUAAGUUCGGGGCUCCGAUACCGUGGACGAAGGAGGAGGUGUUGGUUUUGUUGGCGAAGGUUAGGAAGGAGUUGCAGGAUCCACAUAUUCAUAUGUGGCAGUAUGCAAGGAGGGUUUGGGGGAGGAAGCCUACGGCGGGGGAGGAGGAAGGGAAGGUGAAGAGUGAGGAGGUUGAUGUUAAGUACUCUGUCAUGUAG